AUGCCCCCGAGCUUGCAGAUGGAGUCCUACUGGGUAACGCCAUGGAGCGUUUGCCUGAGUCAGAUUGACUACGACGAGGGCGUCGGGAUGCACGAAAAGAUUGCCGUGCGUGCGAUGCCGAGUGGCAACUGCGUGCUUUGCCUGGAGCUUUGCCCGCACCGAUCCUUCAGGAAGUUCAGCUUCAUCCGCGGCCCAAGCGAUGAACUCUUAGGUGCUAUGCAGACCCUUGAGAAGAAAAGGCCGCUUCAAAGCACACGUAGCCACUAUGCCAUCUAUGGCAAACAGCCCUUGUCGGGGUGUCAGACAAUCAGCAUGGAGGGCAAUAUGCUCUACCAUUGGGCGACCUUGUCGCGCCCACCAUUUUCCUUCGAUGCCAAGAUGCGCAUGGAGGGGAGCUUCAAGGGGGACUCCGCAUGGACGAUUUCCUUACAGCUCGGCUUGCCACCGCCAAGGUGGUUAGUGAAGAAUAAGAAGGGCGGCGCGGCGAUCGUCCCCAGAAGUGGGGACAAGAAGAACCACCAAUAUUUCAUUGCACCUGGCGUGGAUCCGGGGCUGGUGGUUUGCGGGACUUUUGCUCAGUUGCUUGCAUUGGAUGAGCUUCGAUUGAGCAGCUAA